AUGAACAAAGCUCCCACCAUAUUUUUAAUUCUUUUUGGCCUCAUUGCUUUAUCUAAAGCUGCGGAACACGUAGUUAACGUUGGUACCAAAGAAGGAAGAAAUUUAUUCGAACCUGACACCGUAAAUGCAGCCAUGGGUGAUACCGUCAGAUUCGUUUGGGUUUCGGGCAAACACAACAUCAUCGAAUCUGAUGCUAAGGGGGCUUGUUCUGCAGCAAAAACACCCAAUGCUUUUAUCACAGAAGCAUACGAAGCCCCGAAGGAAUGGGUACUUGACAUUAAAGAUGCCAGUGGUAAGAAAUGGUUCUACUGCGGUGUUGCCCAACAUUGUGCAAAUGGUAUGGUCGGUACUAUUUUGAUCAGUAAUCCAACUGUACCUAAAAUUCUCGAUGAUGGGCCGUCUGAAACUCCACCCAAAACUCCAACCGGACCUUCUCCCAAAACCAAAACUG